AUGUCCAACACCACAACCGGGGCGGCCAAACUGCCCAACCUGGGCUGGAUGAAGGCCCAGAAGGGCGAACAAGCACCGUGGGACCCGGCGUCCAACCGGCCGUUCCAUCCAGAGAUGAGCUUCUCGGCCGACGUCGUCAGCCACACGACGGACUGGCCGCGAGUCAAAGGCGACGGGCGCGGCAGAGACCGGUGGACCGGGGAGCUUCCCAUGCCCAGGCACGUCGCUCGCGGGGCCGUCCUGGAAAAGUACGUCGUCUGGAGGCACUUUGCCGAGAACCCGGCCGAGGUCCCGUCGGCACUCGGGGGUGGAGGUCGCGCUGUUGCGCCGGGCGCCCACGGCAAGCGGCUCGGUCCGCUUACGUACGUCAAGAGGGCGUUGGCGGCGCUGAACCGAGAGCUGGGGACUUGCUGCGUCUGUGCCAAGUCGAAAAUGACUUGCUACCACCAUGAUCUCAGGAACUUGGAGCGGGAAUACCGCAACAUGAAAAGCAACGACCAAGUCCCCGAGAUCAUCGAGAGGGCCACGCGGAACUUCAAGACCGUGUCGGAUAACAACGCCCGCUCCACUGCCAAGCGCGGCACCGCCGCUCUUCCUUCCUCCCCGGUCCUUUUUCCGGGUCCCGCUCCUUCCGUUCCUCAGACCUUUCCUUCGGGUCUGGUUCCCGACUUCCACCAGAUCCCCCAUCUAGACAAUCCUGCCGUCUCUGUCGCUUCUUCAUCGGUGCCUUUCAGCUUUGAACCGAUGAAUAGCGGGCCAGCAGACGGCUUUGAGUCGGCGAGCGGCUUUUACACGACGACCAGCGUUGGCGAUCCAAUCAACGCUGGUCCGUCGUUCGACUACGGCCAGCCUGGCACCCUGGUGCAGGACAUCAACUGGCAACAAGACUACCAUCUCAUCGUUGGUUUAGACAACUUUGACAUGGUGGUCGGUUAUGGCCAGCCUGCAAUCUACUUGCAGGACCCUGGUUGGCCACAAAACUUGGGUUUAUAA